GGUGUCCCUACUGACUUCCGGGAGGGCGGGGUCGCGACGCCGGCCCCCCUCUCACGUGACCAAUCAUCGGGUGACGUCACGGCGGUGGCGGAAGUGCCGGGAGAGCCCGGGAGAGGCGGAAGGAGCCGGGUGCCCCAGGCACCAUGGACCUGCUGUUCGGGCGCCGGAAGACGCCGGAGGAGCUCCUGCGGCAGAACCAGCGGGCGCUGACCCGCGCCAUGCGCGAGCUCGACCGCGAGCGCCAGAAGCUGGAGGCGCAGGAGAAGAAAAUCAUCGUCGACAUCAAGAAGAUGGCCAAGCAGGGCCAGAUGGACGCGGUGAAGAUCAUGGCGAAGGACCUGGUGCGGACGCGGCGCUACGUGAAGAAGUUCAUCACCAUGCGGGCCAACGUCCAGGCCGUGUCCCUCAAGAUCCAGACCCUCAAGUCCAACAACUCCAUGGCCCAGGCCAUGAAGGGGGUCACCAAGGCCAUGGCCACCAUGAACCGCCAGCUGAAGCUGCCGCAGAUCCAGAAGAUCAUGAUGGAGUUUGAGAAGCAGGCGGAGAUCAUGGACAUGAAGGAGGAGCUGAUGAACGACGCCAUCGACGACGCCAUGGGGGACGAGGAUGAUGAGGAAGAGAGGUGUGGGGGGGGGGGGGGGGCAGAGACGUGGGGACAUCGGGAUG